AUGAUUGCCCAACGAGUAGGAACGACGGCGCUGCGCCGAGUCGCCGGCAAACCGAAUGCCUUCUUCACCGCCAACGUAGCCCGGCUCGGGCUGGCUCAGCCCCUGUCGACCACCCAGAUGAGGCCCGUAGCAACGCAAAAGCUCACCGCCGCCGACGCGACCGCGAUCCUCGCCAAGCAGCGCAUCAACCGGCCGGUGUCGCCGCACCUGGACGUGUACGACAAGCAACAGACGUGGUUCGGGGGCUCGAUCUGGAUGCGGAUCACGGGGUCCGCGUUCAGCGGCAGCCUGUACGUGUUCGCGACGGCGUACCUGGCGGCGCCGCUCGUGGGCUGGCACCUGGAGAGCGCGUCGCUGGCGGCGGCGUUCGGCGCGCUGCCCUUCGCGGCGAAAGGCGCGCUCAAGUUCCUGGCCGCGUGGCCCUUUGCGUUCCAUGCGAUUAAUGGUGUGCGUCAUUUGUUGUUUGAUAUGGCGGUCGGGUUUAAGCGCCAGACGAUUGUCAAGUCAGGGUGGUAUAUCUGGGGUGCGUCCGUGGUUAGCGGGUUGUACCUUGCUUUCUUCCUUUGA